CUUAAACCCGUGCACACACACAAAUCUCUGCAUUUCUUCUCUUCUAGCAGGCUUCCUAAUCUAAUCAUCCAGAUUAUAAACCUGGCAUUGGGCACUACAGGGAAUGCUGGCUCUUAGACAAAUGGCAUGCCUUCACAUAGCUCUGAUGACCGCAAUAAUCUGGACCAAACCUCCAAACGAAACUCCAGACACACACGCCCAGACGAGUCACAAACAGAUCUAGAGCUGACUGAACUCAUGCGAGAUGCAAUCCCCGUUGCUGCACGUGUUCCUGUGGCCUCGAGCUCCAGAUCUCAGAGCAGCAGAGAUGCGAGUCUUGGUUCUGAUGACGCUGACGUCUGUGUGUGCCGCUCUGGAUCCUGCGGCACUGAAGGAGGCCACGGUCUAUCUGAAGAGAUACGGUUAUUUACCUUCAUCAUCCAACGCUGAUCAUCAGGGGAUUCAAACAGAGCAAAUGAAUGAGGCUCUUCGGAUCUUCCAGCAGGUGACGGAUCUGCGUGUGACGGGCCGUCCAGACAGCAGCACGCUGGCCAUGAUGAGAGCCGCCCGCUGCGGCCUGAGCGACCCCUUCAGCCGCAAGCUGAAAUACCGCAUCCUGGGUCAGUGGCGUAAGAAGAGACUGACAUACCGCAUUUAUAACCAUCCGCUGACUCUGGGUUUGUCUGGGACGCGAGCGGCGGUUCGCACGGCCUUCGGUUACUGGAGCGCGGUCAGCCCUCUUCAGUUCCAGGAGGUCAGCGGAGGUCACGCCGACAUCAAACUCUCCUUCCACAGGAGAGACCAGGGCUGCCCUGUCGCGUUCGACGGACCCGGGCAAGUUUUGGGGCAUGCUGAAGGACCAGAGUCUGGCACGGUUCACUUCGAUGCAGAUGAGGUGUGGACGGAGGGGCGGAGUUAUGGAGCAAACCUGCGCAUCGUAGCGGCCCAUGAGAUUGGCCACGCCCUCGGAUUAGGUCACUCCCAGUACCACAGCGCACUCAUGGGCCCCGUGUACACGGGACACCGCCACAACUUCAGACUGCACCGGGACGACAUCAGCGGCAUACAGACUCUGUACGGAAAACCUGUGGAAAAACCAUCCACCGCUCCGAGAAAGCCAGAUCGACUGCCCGACCUCUGCGCCGGGGGACUGGACGCCAUCAUACUGGGGCCUCUUCACAAGACACUUGCUUUCAGAGGUCAUUACGUGUGGACGCUCUCAGAUUCAGGUUAUAACAGUCCCCUUCCCAUUAAUGCCCUGUGGAAAGAACUGCCCGGCAACAUCAAUGCAGCCGUUCACUCGCAAAGAACCAACAAAUCCUAUUUUCUUAAAGGAGAUAAAGUCUGGAGAUAUUCCGGCUUUAAACUGGACCAGGGCUACCCGAAACGCCUCACCAUUCCCUCCAACAUACAGGCCGCGUUCUUCCUCAGGAGCCGCCGAGCGCUCGUCUUCAUCAAGGGAUCAGAAUACUGGCUCUGGGAUGAACUGGGAUCAGCUAAACAUCUCCAGCUGAUCGCCGCUCUGCCCUCGGAUCCGGACGCUGCCUUCACGGGGAGCGACGGACGCGUCUAUGUGUUCAGCGGCUCGCGGCACUGGCGCCUGAGUCCCACGCUGACGCUGGAGAAGGGCUAUCCGCUCCGCACCAGACAGCGAUGGAUGCACUGUGACCAUUAACCUUCAUCAUGGAUUAUAUUCAUCAAUAUAUAUCAUUUCCAUAUCAUACAU